AUGAGAUUAGAAGCUCAAACCACAGAAUCAGAUCGUACAGAUCCUGCCUCAGCAAAGCCCAGCAUGUACACUACAUCCUUCGCCUUUUUUGAGGCCCUGGUCGAGGCAGGCGUCAAGAACUGCUUCGUCAAUCUGGGGUCUGACCAUCCUAGUAUUCUUGAGGCUAUGGUCAGAGGCCAGCGGGAAUUGAAAGAUAAAUUUCCCAGGAUCAUCACGUGUCCGAAUGAAAUGGUUGCGCUGUCCAUGGCGGAUGGAUACGCGAGAUUGAGUGGCGAGGCGCAAUGUGUUAUUGUGCAUGUUGACGUGGGGACUUCUGCUCUCGCGGCUGCUAUUCAUAACGCUGCUAUGGGAAGAGCGCCGGUUUUGAUCUUUGCUGGUCUUUCGCCUUAUUCUAUUGAGGGAGAACUUCUCGGUUCGAGGACUGAGUUUAUCCACUGGAUUCAAGAUGUGCCGGAUCAGAAGCAAAUUGUGUCUCAAUACUGCCGAUACGUCGGCGAGAUCAAGACUGGUAAAAACGUCAAGCAAAUGGUCCGUCGUGCCCUCCAACUCGCGACAAGCCAUCCCCAAGGACCCUCAUAUCUCAUGGGCGCCCGCGAAGUCAUGGAAGAAACAAUUGAGCCAUACACCAUCAACUCCGCCUUCUGGAAACCCGUCGCGCCCGCAGCCCUGCCCCAACCCGCCGUGCAAGAAAUCGCAGAAGCCUUGGUCAACGCCUCCGACCCGCUGGUUAUCGUCGGUUUCACAGGUCGAAACCACGCCGCUGUUGAACCGCUCGUCGCUCUGGCGAAUACUAUCAAGGGCUUGAGGGUUCUUGAUACGGGAUGCUCGGAUAUGUGCUUCCCUGCUGAUCAUCCUGGAUGGCUAGGUAUGAAGUAUGGCGUUGACUCGGCGAUUCAGAACGCAGAUGUUUUUCUUAUUCUGGACUGUGAUGUCCCGUGGAUUAACAAGCUUUGCAAACCGAAGAAUGACGCGAGGAUCUUUCAUCUUGACGUUGAUCCGUUGAAGGAGUCAAUGUUGGUGUUUUAUAUCGAUGCUGAGCAGCGAUAUCGUGUUGAUGCGGAGACGUCACUGCGACAGAUUACAGAUUAUCUCAGAGCAUCGCUAUCUGAGAAACUUGCGACCGCUGAGUUUGACCGUCGGGAACAAGCUCUUCAAAAGUCUUAUACAGAGCGCAUUCAAGCUCUUGAUGCAAAGGCCAAGCCUCUUGAUUCAGGAAAGCUCACAACAGACUACGUCUGCUCUACUCUACGGGCCAAGCUACCCGAAGACACAAUCUGGGCCGUCGAGGCCAUCACAAACAUGAUCGCAGUCGCAGACCAAAUCCGCGCUACCAUCCCCGGCCAAUGGAUCCACUGCGGCGGCGGCGGUCUCGGCUGGUCUGGCGGUGGAGCACUAGGCAUAAAACUCGCCGCCGACGCAGCAGACGCUCUCGUCCCCAACAAGCGCAAACGCUAUGUUGUACAAAUCGUAGGCGACGGAUCAUACAUGUUCUCCGUACCUUCAAGCGUAUACUGGAUUUCCGCUCGCUAUGGCAUUCCUGUUUUGACUAUUGUGUUGAACAACCUUGGGUGGAAUGCGCCGAAGAGAUCGAUGUUGCUGGUUCAUCCUGAUGGACCUGCUUCGAGGGCGACGAAUGAGGAGUUGAAUAUCUCGUUUGCGCCGAGUCCGGAUUAUGCGGGUAUCGCCAAGGCUGCGAGCAAUGGGGUGAUUUUCGGUGCGAGGGUUGCUGACAUCUCAGAGUUUCAGAGUGCGUUGGCUGGUGCGGUUGAGAGCUUGGACAGAGGCGUGUCUGCUCCUAUGACUACCAGCGGCCCCGUGAGCUUCUUCGGUCUCUCUGGCGAACUUCGAAACGCCAUAUACAAAAUCAUAUUACUGCAAUCCGAGCCUGUCGAUCCUUGGCUUAGAUGUGGCUUACAGGUCCUAACGGGACUUUUUCGCGUCAGCAAGACAGUCCACCACGAAGCCAGUCUCCUGUUCUACAGCCAGAAUUGCUUCGACUUUGCUGGACGCGAUCCUGAGACUAUAGCUUCCUUCCUCCGGCAAAUCGGUACCCGUAACGCAAGCUCUAUUCGCCAUAUCAUCAUCGACUUCCCAGAAUUUAUCCAUUUAGACCCUGGUGAUAUCACUAUCGAUGAGGAAAGUGUUGAGAUCCUCGGAAAUAUACUGAGCAGUUGCACUAGCUUAAGCACGCUUAGGACGUCCUUACAUAGCACAUGGAAUAUGGAGGUUAGGCUCGACAAUCUAGACCACGACAGCAUUGCCACCGAGGCGCUGCAUCUUGUCAACACUCACUUUAGAGCUAUUCCUUCUUUACCAGAGAUCAUUCUUGAGGUAUAUGAGGAUGGGACGCGUGACAGUCUCAGAAGGAAGAUGAAGAGUUGUGGAUGGGUACUAAGCGAAAAUCCCAAUGAGGAAGAGGAGUACUGGGACAGAAGGCUUAGUGAUAUUGACUCCGACGAUUAUGGCUAUGGCUAUGACGAUGACAACAACAGCUAUGAUGACGACGAUUACGAUAUUGACAACGAUAGCGAUUUUUGGAGAAGGGCGGCAGACUAA